AUGAAUCCGAAUCAAUCAGCCAAUCCAACACAACAGCCGGUCAAGCCCGACGGUUCGAACUCCGCCAACUACGCUCCAAACCCUAAUGUAGAUCGGAACGAUCGCGUUCCUCCUUCGUAUCCGGCUUCCGGUGAGAAUUGGACAUCCGUGACCGUCCCUCCUCAAAAGCUACCAGCUGUGCCGCCUGCUGUCGGGCAACCGUCGCAGAGCGCCGCUUCAACGACAUCGCAAGGUCCAAGCCCUAUUUCUCGAGGUGGCGCCACCACUGGGCCUGCCGCGUCCAAUCCUUACGUGUCGUCUGGUCCCGUGGGGGAUUCUUCCACCAAGAAUACAAUGGAUACGGUGAAGGUUAUGUUUGCGAGAUGGGCAAAGAAGGCUGCUGAGGCAACAAAGAAGGGGCAAGAUUAUGCUGGAGAUGUGUGGCAACACUUGAAAACGGGUCCCAGUAUUACUGAUGCUGCUGUUGGAAGAAUUGCUCAGGGAACCAAAGUUCUUGCAGAAGGUGGAUAUGAGAAAAUAUUUAGAACAACAUUUGAAACAAUUCCAGAGGAGCGACUUUUGAAGUCGUUUGCAUGCUACCUAUCAACUUCUGCUGGCCCUGUUAUGGGAGUAUUAUACUUGUCAAAUUCAAAACUCGCAUUUUGCAGUGACAAUCCGCUUGCAUAUAAAGUUGGUGAAGAGAAGAAAUGGAGCUAUUACAAGGUGGUUAUUCCAUUACUUCAACUCAAAUCAGUCAAUCCUUCACGAAGCAAAACAAAUCCUGCUGAAAAGUACAUCCAACUCAUAUCGGUUGAUAAUCAUGAGUUCUGGUUCAUGGGUUUUGUGUAUUACGACAGUGCUGUGAAAAAUCUUCAAGGCGUUCUUCAGCCGCACCAAAAUCCACUCCUCCUUGCUGGUCCAAAUUGUUGAAGCAUCUUUAUCCCGAGUUGGUAUGUACUACAUUCAUUUGAACGUUAUAGAUUUCCAUAAACAUUUAGAUCAAAUUCAUUUUGCUCAUUGAGCAUUUUCAUUUCACUUCUAUUCGGAAAAACUCUUAUUAGUAUACGCCUGUAUACACCGUACGCUUACUCGACCCCACUUCCAAAUGUGAUAUAGCGGGUCAUGUAGGAGAAUAAAGAUAUGACCUAUAGCCAUAGCACAUACACAACUUUUCUUUAAUUUAGCCGUUGGUAUGAUGUUACUAAUUGUGGAUGGUAAAGGAGAAUAAGGCCUUCUGUUACAAGUACUGUUUAAGUUUGUAGUGUUUAAAUAUUUGAUUAAUACUUGGAU